AUGUAUGGUAAUUUCUUGGCUGGAUCACAUGACACAAUUACCUCAAGAAUCGAUCAAGAUGUAUUGCAGGUCUGCCUACGUUUCCGAUUUUCUCUCCCUGGCGGGGUCUUUCCACGCGCCUGUGGUGCUAUAGAUGGACAAAGUUUAACACAGUCAAGCUGCCAAUUCCUCUCCUCUUGCAAGUUGGCAAAGGGACAAAGGAAGAGCCCGGCGUGCGUAUUUACUUAUUACGUUUCGACGCCCGAUUUUACAUCAGUCUCCUCCUUUUUACCGCAGACUACUUCGUGUCAGAUUAAUUUCCCCUAUUCUCCCAACAUAGCCCAAGUCCAACCUGUCCGAGAAGUCGCUUUCAGGGAUUAUGGACUGGACCAUCCCAGCAAAUGGCACUACAGGGGCAAUUACGCGUCUUACUACUCAACGGACGAGAUAAUGCAUCGGGACUUGAUCCAGUCCUCCAGCAGCAGGGCGGAUGUGAUAUUCAAAAACGAGUCGUUGUACGGCCACCACGGGGGGACGAGCUCGCCGUGCAAUUUCUUCACCGGUGUCGGCCGAAAUGGGGUUCUCCCACAGGGCUUUGACCAGUUUUUGGACAAUCCUAACUCGGACAAGCCCAACGCGGAACUCCCCAAACAAAAGACAGACUCUGCUGCUCCCGGAGAUGUCGCGAAUAACAAUCAGGCUUUAACCAAACUAGAGCAGCACAAAGCUGACCCGAGCGGGAGCGCCGACGAGGACUCAUCCUCCAACUGCGGCGACAAGAACAACAAGCAACAGAGUUCAUCAACCAAGUCCAGGAAGAAGAGGUGUCCUUACACCAAAUACCAGAUCCGAGAACUUGAACGAGAGUUUUUCUUCAACGUGUACAUUAACAAAGAGAAGCGACUUCAGCUGUCCAGGAUGUUAAACCUGUCCGAUCGGCAGGUGAAGAUUUGGUUUCAGAACAGAAGAAUGAAAGAGAAAAAGCUGAACCGUGACCGCCUUCAGUAUUUUACUGGGAAUCCUUUAUUCUGAUACCUGACAUUAAACACACACACACACACACACACACACACACACACACACACACACACACACACACACACACACACACACACACACACACACACACACACACACACACACAUUUUAAAGACUGGUCUCCUCUGCAUAUUUGAAUCUUCGUAAUCCUGUCUAAAAAGUUCAUUUUACCUAAAUUUGGCAUUUGCAGAUGCAAUAUUUUUUACAAACAAUUUCUGCAUCUAUUUAUUUGUGUUCACAUAUUUUCGCGUUAUUGGCAACAAAUAUUCCAGCAAAGCGAGAGCUAUGCUUUGAAAUUAUUUAUAUAAAAUAUAUGUAGGCUUCUUCCUUGUGUAAUGUCCAUUUAUACGUCGCAUGUAAUGCACGUUGUGGUGUGAAAUAAAGUAGACACGGCAAAUGUAUGAUAGUCACGAAACUUGUCACAUGAACUUAUCCACAACCAACAAAAACAACACGAGAAAAGUUUUUUUUUUUUUUUCCUUCUAAAGAUUCAUCAAUGGAGAAAUUUGGCGCUUGCAGGCCUGUAUAAUCCCGUUAUUUCCUCUGCUUUCAAACACUGGAUUGUUUACUAAACCUUGAACCGUCUAGACGGUAUAAUAAACGUAGCUGUAAAUGUCUAAAUAAGGGGCUAUUGAACGUGUCCUAACCCAACCCCCAGACCAAAGUAGUUCUACUCCAUAGCUACAAAUGUCUGGAGAAUUCAAGAGAUUUCUGCGCAUCCCGUCCAUAUUUAGCUCCUUUUGACAUGUUGGGACACAUGUAUAGUUGUUAGCUGGGAUACAAUGAUGAUAUUCUAACAAGGACCGCCAUAAAGAAUAAGUAAUAUUUUAUUUGGGCUUUGACGCCUUUAGAUCUGCUGCGAAGGAGAAAUAUUGUAAUUAUUCAAUUUAAUCUUCAAUCUAAUUGCUUGCGUUUUUUUAUUAUCUUGAUUUAAUGCAGGCGAAACGUUUCCAUCUUUGUGCAGCUCCACUGUACACUGACCACAGGCUGAGUGCCAUGUUUUACCUCAGUAGUGUAUAUCUCUUAUUUUUGUAAUCAAAGGGGCGGAGUAAAUAAACACAUUCAUUCCACACAAGCAGUCGCUUUAUUGAUCAUUCAUGUGAUUAUUUUAACUUUAGCUCUAUACAGAAACAAUUACGCCCCUUGUUUUCAGCUUCUUUUAUGAAAAAAUAAGUUUGGAGAUUAAUAUAAUUUCAUUUGUGAUGCAUCACAUCUACACUUAUUUCCCUAAAAGGCUAUUAUAAAACUGAGGUUUCAUUAAGCGUUUAAUUGGGUUGUCAUCAUAUCCUACAGUGAAAUUGCAUUACCAACUGUGUAGGGCAUUUCACUUUGCUUCUCGUUGUGUCCACAUGAGGGCAGACUUGCAGCUUUGUGUGUAAAUGGAAAUGCAGAGUUCAGCCAAAUUUAACAUCCAACCUGCAUGAAAAGCAUUCAGUGUCCGAAUAAUCUGUUCAACACAGGUUUUGUUUACAUUCUUAUUUUAUUCUAACUCCAUCCAGUGGCCCGAAUUAUGUUUUGAUUUCAACAGAUUUUUAUUUUUUUUAAAUCAAAUCAUUCAACAGUAGCCUUACAGGCUAGUUAGUUUUAAGAAAAGAACAGUUAGUCUCAAUACACAAUAAGUAUUACAGGCAGUGCAGUUUAAUUGAUGCAACUCCUGUGUCUUCCAGACGGCAAUUAUAGCUAUUUACAAGUCAAGUCUUUUUGAAAGGACAAACUAAAUACAUAUUUCUACUCCUCUCUUUGUAUCUGAACCUUAAAAAUACACACUUCGAUCUUUACCUGAAGGCCGCACAGCCUUAGGCCACUGUUAUCGCUCUCUACAGACUCCAGAUAUUGUGGGGGGGAUUAUUGAGAAAAAGUGCUUUACGUUUCCUUUCAUUUGAUUUCAUGUUGCAGCUGUACCUGUUAUUAAAUGAUCGUUUAUCUGCGUCUGGCUAUUUGCUCUUAAAAUAUAAGAGUUAUUACCAAAAAGGAAAGUUUUACCUGAAACUACAACAAUGUCGGUGUCUUUUUUCGAUUAACUCCACCCUUCUUUUAUUAUUUUAUGCGCUUUUCUGUUUGAAAUAUUCGUGGAUCUCCUGAUUUAUUAUUGUUAUUAUUAUUAUUUGUUUUAAUAUUAUUGCAUAAUCCGAAAUCCAAUUUGUUUUUCCACUUUUACGGUAAGCUACAUUGUAAUUUAUUAUAGCCUACCUGGAGAAUAUACUACCAUAUUAUAAAGAUUUUUUUUUUUUCAAAUGAGUGCGUCACAUGAUAUGCAAAAUAGCCCAAUGUUAUCUUUGAACAAUUGCCAUUAUAAGAAACAUGAUAAUUAAAACAAAAUGUUAUUUUUUUUUAGGCUCAAAUAACUGAACGUGGUAUAGGCUACCGAUGAAUGUAUUUUCUACACAAAUUCAAUGAUUAAAUUUGGGUUAACAAGCCUUUAUUUUGUUGUUUGUGAAUCCUGUGACGUUGGGAUGAUUUGCUUACUAGGCAUUAUGCUAUUUACAACCAUCUGUAAAUAUAAGAGCCUUGAAGACAGAUCUACACAACCUCUCAAACAAGUUGUAGGAUUAUUUAAAGCUUAUCGCAUAAAUACCAAAGAUAUCAUUAUUUCAAGCUGCAUUUGUGUAUUUGUAAACACCUGUAGGAGCGUUGCAAUUAUUUUGGCCUAACAUCUGAUUUUCAGUCGAAGGAUAUUUUCCGGUCCAGUGUGUUUUUUUCCCCCUCAGUUUCACAGGCACACUGUUUAUCUUGCACGCAUUUGCCAUCCUUGCAGACAAAAACAAUGGAGCCCUGAGCAAAAUAAUUCCCAGCCUAUACACUGCCAGGUUUUUAUUUUGGACAUCGGAAAUACCUCAGAAAAAUACAAAUAAUGUGCUUAAUAAUAAUCUGUGCAAAUAAUAAAGGCCA